AUGUCAGCGACUCCAAAUGGCCCAACAGCCUCCACUGCUGUCACCGCAGUCAUAUGCGCUGCCUUGAUCAUUGGUCUAUGUUUCGCUGCCUUUACUCGUUGGUUCUGUUACAUCCGAAGACGUUCCACAGAAGGAAAUCCUGCGGCAGUUCCUCCUAGCGUUUUCCAGCUGCAGGCAAACCAGUCCAAAGUGCAGGAGAAACCUCUGACCGUAGAGGACCUCAACAAAUACCUACCCAUGAUCGAAUACAAAAUGUGGAAGAGCCAACAAUACGAACAAAGAAUGAGCUUCCCUCAAACUGCGACUGAAGCUCAGAAGACCUUGUCGGACCCCAAUGUAUCAGCACUACUUCCCCAAUCUCCCACCGAAGACCCAGUGCAUUUGUCCAACUUGAAUGCAAGUGUCGGGGCUCAAGGUCAAGUAAACCUUUCUGAGGAAGUUCGGAGCCUCUUCUCAUUCUUCCACCUUUGUACAGUUCGGUGCGUCUUGUACUAUGUGGAAACCACCAAUAAAACCCGUGGAUUAUCACCCUCAGCGUGCUGA